GUGCGUGGGGCGGGUCACGCAUCGGGCCCGCAGCACACCCUCAUUGCAUGCACUAGACCCCCACGGCACGCACCAGACCCACGUCACACCCACCAGACCCCCAUGGCAUGCACCAGAUGCCCAUGGCAUGCACUGGGCCCACGUCACACCCACCAGACUUGCAGCACAUGCACCAGACCCCCAUGGCAUGUGUUGGACCCUCGUCACGCCUGCCAGACCCACAGCACACACACUGGACCUGCACUGCAUGCACCGGCCCCCCAUGGCAUGCACCAGACCUACAUCUUAUGUACCCGGACCCACACUGCAUGCAACUGGACCCACAUCACACAUAUCUGUCCUGCAUCACAAGCACUGGCCCCAUAUUACAUGCACUAGACCCACAGAGCAUGCAUCGGACACACUCCAUGCUCACACAGACCAGCAGUGCACUGACUGGACCCUCCCCUGCAUGCACCAGACCCACAUCACGUGCACCAGACCCUCCCUGCAUGCACCAGACCCACAUCUGCUCGUACAGCACCAGAUGUGUCUCCAGCACCAUAGGACACUGCAGGAGCCGGAGCGGCUGUGCAAUUGAGAUUUUAUUAUUUAAUGGCUUGAUGCUCCAUCUCUGAAGGGACACAGAAAACACAUGAGCUGAUUGAUGAGCCGGGUGCUCUUUUUCUCUCCUCCCUACAAGGUCAGUGCUGCCUGGCUGUCGCACAGAAACCCGCUGCUGUGCAUUUCUUGUGCUUAUGAAGGAGCGGUGUGCCCACCCUCUCUGGGCAGUGGGUGCGUUGUGCCGUGACCUUGUGCAAGAAGGUGCAAUUCCUGGUUUCUGGGGCUGUGGAGGUCCCUGGCUGGGGGGUCAGGAGGGGGCAAUGCAGGUGCUGGCACCUCGGCAGUGUUGCAGUGGGCUGAGGCAGGAGAUCUGGCGUGGUGUUAAAGUAGGCCAUUCCAGCGGUGCAGGGACCCGGGGCUAAUCCUCCGUGACCGCCGUCUUUCCCAGCCCUCGCUCAAGGUGGUUAGGGGAGACCUGCUUCUGCCGCACCGGAACCGUGUGGAGGGGGGAGACUAGCUGUUGUGUUGGAAUCAGGAUUUGCCUUCCAUGUUUUUGCCUUUGUAUCCUGAAGGAGUGGGCUCUUCCUUCUGCUUACCAGUCCUCAGUCAGCUCCUGAGCAGAGCUCCUGCACAGAAGGGGCUGUGCAGUGUGAUCUCACCUGCGUCCCCCACCUGCCCCCCUGCCCAGCCCUGGGGAUGGCCGUAGGGUUUCAUCCUGGUACCCAGCUCCGACUUACAGCAACUGCUGCUGCUGCAGCAUUUGUCACAGAGCUCUUUGCCCUUUGCCUCCAGAGGCCUCAGCAAGAGACCAGCCUGUUCCCUCUGGUCAGGCACCUUAUUUUUAGCUAAUGAGGGCCAGGGCUUGCCACCUCCCCGCUUGGUGCUGCAGCCAGGUCAGCUGGAAAAGUGAUGAGCUGCAUAACCCGAUCUUUUCGAAUGGUCUCUAUUUUCCUGUAAUCUCUGGGUGUCGACUUAGCAUUUUAUAACAAACGAGAAUAAAAGGAGAUGCUCCUGUGUUUCGUUACGUGAUACAACUCUUAGCGAAAUUGAUUUUUCUGGUGGUGUUGCAUAAACAUCCUGUGCGUUUUGUCCCCACUGUUGCCCGAGCGCUCUGCUCUGGCAGGAACUGGAGCAUCUCCCUCUAUCCGGGACCCAGGUGAAUCUCUGCCUGCUUUGGGAUGAGCCCGACUCUACUGGAGCAGGGAACAGAGUUUCCCAACCCCUGGAGAUCUCACCGCUCCCUUGGAAACUCCCAAGCAGGAGCAAAGCAGCCCUUGUCUCCAAAAAAUCCCCUGUGGCAGAAGGAGGAGCACAAACAUGGUCACCACCGUGCGCCAGGCAGUCAUCAUUUGCCUCCAGCAGCUCGGAUGGUGCCUGCAGUGCUGACCCCCUCCUUCGCUGGACUUCUGCCGACCUCGGCCCCGGCUGCCAGAUCCUGCUCCUUCCCACCACCACCCAACUGCAUCCCAGUUCCUUUUGAAACUGAUCCUGGCAUUGCCGCUGUUUUGGGGACGCAGCGCUCUGUCCCAAAUCCGGUUGCUGGUUGUUUGCCAUGUUCAGCACUUUGCUUAUUUUUAGUGUGAAGAACAGCAGGGCCCAUGUCAGAAAGGCAGAGAGGUCUCCUCGGGAGCUCUUUUUGUUUCCUGGGAAAACAAAGCUGUGAUUUCCCCCCCCCCCCCCCCCCCGUUGCUCUCUGCUUUUAAUCUUGUUAGUACUGGAAGGCUGAAAAUCUCCCGGCCGCCCCCAGCCCGGUGGGGAGGGACCUGCAGGGGAGGCAUGGUUCUUCUCCCAAGAUUUCUGCAGAAUCCGGUAAAGCUGCUCUUAGAUGCUUGGGCUUGGUGCCACCAUUGCAAAAUGCUCCUAACACGGGAUGCGUCAAGGAAAACACAGGAAUCCGGCAGCAGGCAGGGUGAUGGGAACUCCGACAAAAGAAGCAGUGAGCGAGAAAUCUGGGAAAUGCAGCAGCUGCUGGCCCCGGGUGUCUGCGUGCCGAGGGCUGGGGCUGCCACAUGAGCCGCCUGCUCUUGCACCUUCUCUGCAUGUUCCUGGUGGGGCCGGGACAAGCCAGUGGGGCAGCUCAGGCUGGUGCUGCAGCCGGCUCCUGCUCAAACCUGCAGGAGUCAAGCCAAGGGAUAUGCCUUGGGAGCUCACAGAGGUGAACUUGAGAGCUUGUAGUUGUCAAAGCCCUGGAGGAACAAGCUGAGGACUCAUCAGAGGAUUCACUGAGCUGAUGGCGAGGGUCUCUCCAGGGGUCCCAUGGCCACAUUUCCCAAGCUUCUAGGAGGGGUGAUCCCUGCCUGACCCCCUCUGUCCGUCACUGGCACGGCCAGGGGAUCCAGCAUGGAGUGAGCAAGCAGCGGCAUUCAAGCCACGGAGGCAUCUCUAUCGGGCAGUGAUCCCAAAAUGAUGGCUGAGCUGCUCUUCUUGGGGAAAUUCUCUGGGGCACCAGGCUGAACCUCGGGGUGCUCUGCUGGCACUCUCACCGCUCUGCCAUUGCUCUGCCACCGCUCUGCCACCCAUCGCACUUUGCAUCACCAUCGUGGCAUGAUCUGUGGGUCAGCAGUGCCCCAGGUCCCCUCUGCGGCUGGCAGGAGCUGAGGACCCACUGGGGCACGCAGCUCGGGUGCACCCAGAGCCCCAUGGUGUCACCCACGCCAGCCCAGUGACAGUGAGGGGCUCUGGGCCCCAGGGGACAUGCUGGGGUUCUAGCUGGGAGAUGGCUGAACGACCUGUGCUGGUGGGGAGGGGACACGUGCUGUGCUGGGGUGGCCGGUGCUGGGAUGGCCAGUGCUGGGUGUGGGGAGCAGUGGCUGCCUGAGCCCUGCCGGGGGCUGGGUGCUGCUGACCACAGCAGGUGCCGAAGGUGCUUGGAGCAGUUGCAGCACAACGUGCCAGUGAGGGGGGAUCCAUCUCCCACCCCUGGGGGUGAGAGGUUCUCAUACCCAGUUGUGCUCCAUCCCACCCUGCGUGGGGUAUCAGCUUUUCGUGAUGAGCUUUUCAGGGACCACGGCUUUUAUUUAGCAUGAAUUCCCCGGGCUAAUUCUGUUGCACAAAAUAAGUGCUGUUUUGUGCUGCUGUUUCUAAACGAGCUGCCUUUCUGUUCCACUCUGGGCUGGGAGAUUCACAGGGAGUUUUGCUGUCGGUGGCUCCAGGAGAGAGUGUUAGACCUUGUGCUGAGCAGCGUUCAUCCUGCCCAUCCGCCCAAGCUGCAUUCUGGGGUGGUUUGCAAGAUGCUGAGACACAUGUAGGUGGUUUGCAGCGCAAUCUCUGGAUCUGGUGUGAGUUUGAUUGUCAGACCUUGGGCUGUUCCACUGUCCCCAGGCAGUGAGCGUGGCUGCAGACGUGCUGUGCUGAGCAGGGUCCCACUGGUCACCCCAGCACGGGGACGAGCCAGUGCUCCCCAAAUCGCCCUAACCCCACUCCUGGUGCCAGCACACUCGCACUGGCAAUGCCUGUUGAAAUCUAUAAUUCCAAGCCUGGGCUGCACUAAGGAGCUGGGGCUGCACGUCUCGGUGGGGUCAUGGUGUGGAGAUGAGGUCUUUGGCUGCGGGGAUCAGUGGUUGGUGUGGCUGGGCUCAGCGCCGGCUUCUGAGGCCAGGUUAGAGCUGCCUUUCUGCAGCCCGUGCUGCAGACACAUCCUCUCUUCUGGGGCACAAGCUGGUUCUGUCAGCUCUGUAAGAAUCAAUCCACAAGCGAGGGAUCCUGCCGCAUUUGUGUUCUGCAAGGUGGUCCCCAUAUUCCUCAUUCUGCAACGAUUAAAAUGAAGUGCAGAGGAAAUCCAUUCCCCACACUGGCUGUCAGCUGGGCAUCUCCGCUGGCACAGGGGACCUGGCUUUAUCUCAUCCCUCCUUUGCAUGACUUGGGGUUUGCAGAGCCAGGGUUGCUGGCAGUGGCAUGUGUUCCUCCAGGCCUGCAGGUUUUGUUUCCCACUGCUGAGGCUCCCAAUGUUUGGUUUUGAGGUUUUGUCCCCCAAGCUGCCUUCCCGUGUGGGGCCAGCGUGCAGGGCCAGCCAUGGGCAGCUCUGCUGGCCCCAUCCCCAGUGCUUCUGACACAGAGCAAUGAGCCAGCCCACCCUCUGCCCUGGCUUGGGCUGCUUUCCACCCCCAUAUUUUUACGAGAUUUCUUCUCUGCUUUCCCUUGCAGCUUUGCUCUGACUCCUGCCGCAAGCCCCAUCUAUUAGAUGGUUUUUAGAUUUUAGUGAGACUUGCUCUUGUUUCCUGGCCCUUGCAGCUGCCAUCGUCUUCCUUGCUGGAGGGUGUGCAGUGUGCCUGGGGACACGGUUAUUCACCUUUGAAUGCUUUUCAUUUGCUCUUCCUGUGUUUUUCCUAAUGCCUAAUCAAUGAACAGCCGCGGCAGUGAGCUGGAGCCUCCACAAGUGCCAGGUGUUGCAGGGAGGUGAGGGCUGGGCUGGCGUGGGUCCCAGGGGGGGCAGGGGCAUCCCCUCUGCAAAUCCCUGGAAAAGCAGAGGUCUUCACUGCUUCUCACUUUCUCGCAUUUCAAAUGUGGUAAGAUAAUCUUGGAUUUCCUCUUGCUUUCAUGGCAAGGCUCCCUUUGCUCAUCCUGGUCCAUGGGAUAAUGAUAAUUCUGACUGCAAAUGAGUAAUUCCCUCUGCCUUCAGACGCCAAGUAGCCAUGUACCGUGGGAAUGGUGUGUUUUCAGCUUUGGUGCUAAAAGUCUGCCCAAUCUGCCUGUUCUUGGCAGCCUGGGGGCACGGUGGGGUUUUGGGGAGACCGAAAUGGCCCGUUGCUUCUUUGGGAAUAAAGACAGGGACAAUUUAUUACCAGUGACUGAAUUCAAGCCUGCUUGUUGAAGCUGCCCUAGGGCAGCCUGGUGAGGCAAAGCUGCUUCCCGGCUGGGAGGGAAUGGACAGCCCAGCACCUUUGUGAGAUGGGGACCCAGGCAGGGUGCAGGAUGAUGCUUCCCCCUCCAUGGGGUUUUGGUGCCUGCUGGCAGACCUGGGCCAGGCUCCCUGUGGCAGCAGUACGGAGCUGCUCUGAGUUUCUCCCCCCUUAAGUCUGUCAGUGCCACGAGAGCCAUUGAGCCCCAGCGUGGGUGCCAGGUGAGUCUGCAGCAGUGGGAGGAGGAGGAACAACAACAACUGAGCUCCCCAGGUGCAAGGCUGACUCCAGGCUUCCCCACAGAGCUGUUCCCAGUGCGGGUGUUGGUGGCAGGCACCUGGGGUGCAGUGUGGGGCACUGGCAGGAGCCCACAGCGUGGUACCAGCCAGCGUGCUGGGCACACAUGUGCCAUCUGCGGUGCUGGCACUUGCCUGGUGCUGCAUGUUAGUGGAGUGCAGAGGGACCCCUGAGUUCAUACAUACACCAUCUUGGCAUAUGGGUAACUUUGCUGUGACCAGGGAAGAGCAGGAGGCAGCGGCGAUGCCGGGUACUGCUGCCCUGCAUUGAGCCAGGGCUUGGGGCUGUGAGGGGGUGAGGAGCUAACUCCCAUGGCCGCAAAUCUCCCGAAAGCCCUGCCUGAGAGCUGCCUGGGGAGCACCCUGCAGCAUGAGAAGCGAGGGACUGGCUGUGCGGGCAAGAGCCCGGCUGUGCCGCAGCCCUGCAUCCUGGAGGAUGCGUCUGCCGGCGCCGGGGCCACGCUCGGCUCUCACUCUGGAUGCUGAUUCACGCUGCUGCAUUAGCAAAGCCCGCAGCCACCCAGCCAUGCAUGCUGUAGAACCAGGAGUGGUUUUCUGGCAGGGCAGAGCGCUGCCUCCCCCUGCCUAGGUCCUCCCCUGGCAAAUCCAUCCUGGAGGGGAGCAGCAGGACCCCCAAAUCCUGGUCACUGUGUCCCUGGGGUGCUGGCACCCCCAUGGCAUGGGGCACUGUGCCUGCUGGGGCUGGGGGCUCACUGUGGCUGCACAUCACUGUCUCCUCUGCUCCAGCUCUCUGGGGUCUUCGGUGCCCUGGUCUGGGGAUCAGGGAGCGCCAGAUCCUGGGCAGAAGAGAGGCCCAGGCUGGCUGCUGUGGGCUUUGAGCAUUGGGCAGGAGUUAGCCUAGAAAAAACAACCCUGGGGUGGCAAAUACCAAAGAGUACAUCGGGGUGAGCUGGCUGUGCUCCCUCCUCUCCUGCCUCCCCCUCUUGUCCUGCUCCUCGCACUCCCCUGGACUGGGGCCAAGCAGCACUUAGAGUUUCCGACUGCCCAUCGAUUAUCAGCUGGCCGGUCCCAUCGCUUACAUUGCUCUGGGCUGGAACUGCCAAAAUCUGGGACAAAUACCAGCAUUGUGAAUCAGCUUGGGGAUGGGGGGGGGCCCACACGGUGCUCCCAGCCUGGCUGGUCCCCAGCAGCCUCUGAGCACAGUGAGGCAUCAGCAGUGCCAUGGGAUGCUCAAUGGGUUGGAUGUGCUGAGCAGGUCCUUUCCAUAGCUCCCCUCUGCUGCAGCACAUCACAUCCCUGCAUGUGCCCAAGGUGCUGCCUCCUUGAGCAGCUCCCGCUGGUCGCUGCGAGCCUCUGGAUCUGGCCUAUUUAUUUACAGGAAAACGGGCUGUGUGUUUCCCGAGGGAUUAGCUGCUGCUGCCGCAUCACACAGGGAUCUGUGCUUCCUUACCUGAUUGCACUGGCGAAUGGGUGAUUCGGACUUAGUUAAGAAAAAGCGGGCGCCCAGCCCGCUGCGGGGACAGCUGCCUGCCUGGGUGGAAAUUCGUUCCCUUGUGCCCAGGACCUGUGGCACCGCGGCAAUGUCUCUGCCGGGCAGCAGACGCUCAUCCACCGGAUCACGGAGUCGCGGGUUUUAUGGACGGAGUGGCUUUGCCUCCUUCUUUAAGUCUUCAGCGCCCUCAGCCACUCGGCCUGAGACACAGCCUCUUCUCCCUGCCUCCAGGCGCCCCUCGCCCCCCGGGAGGGACACCUACGGCACCUCCUCGCUGAGCAGCAGCAGCAAUUCUGGCUCCUGCAAGGGCAGCGACAGCAGCCCCACCCCAAGGCGCUCGUCCAAGUACAACCUCUGCAGCGACAACCAUGGGAUAAAGCCACCGACGCCGGAGCAGUACCUGACACCCCUGCAGCAGAAGGAGGUCUGCAUCAGACACCUGAAGGCUCGCCUGAAGGACACACAGGAGCGGCUGCAGGACAGGGAUGCUGAGAUUGAGGACCUGAAGACGCAGCUGUCACGGAUGCAGGAGGACUGGAUCGAGGAGGAGUGCCACCGCGUGGAGGCCCAGCUGGCACUGAAGGAGGCCCGCAAGGAGAUCAAGCAGCUGAAGCAGGUCAUCGACACGGUGAAGAACAACCUGCUGGAGAAGGACAAGGGGCUCCAGAAGUAUUUUGUGGACAUCAACAUCCAGAACAAGAAGCUGGAGACACUGCUGCACAGCAUGGAGGUGGCGCAGAACGGGGCACUGAAGGAGGAGGGGGCUGGCGAGUCAGCCGGGGGGUCCCCAGCCCGAUCCCUCACCCGCAGCUCUACCUACACCAAGCUGAGUGACCAGGGGGCUGGGGACCGCAACGUGGGGGGCUCACAGACCAUCUCGCUGGACGAGGGGGCCGACAGCGGCUUCGUGGGGGUGGAGGAGGCUCCCUGCCACACGGACCCGCUGGAGGUGGGGGACGAGCCUGGCACCCGCUUGCCCCCCAGCUCCACCUACGAGAAGCUGCUGGGGCUGCGGGGCGGCGUGGAGGCCGGGGUGCAAGCCAGCUGCAUGCAGGAGCGGGCCAUCCAGACAGACUUCGUGCCCUGCCAGCCUGACCUGGACACCAUCCUGGAGAAGGUGAUGAAGUCCCAGGCUUGCAGCUUAGGCAGCCCCACCUCAGCCUGGGUCUCUGAAAUGGAAGACGUGAUGCCCGGCCCCGAGCUCUCCAACCCCACCGGGGCCAUGGACCUGCUGGCAGCUGAGCCCGACACUGCAACGGUGGGUGCCGGGGCUGAGGCGGGUGCCCCCUGCAACCCAGCGGUGCGGCAGCCCCCCAGCGCCAGCCCCUCGGUGGCCAUCGCCUGCGUGGCAGAGGAGGAGACGAUGGAGGCGUCCGGCUGCGAGGCCGCCCCCUCCAAGAGCUAUUGGAGCCGCCACUUCAUCGUGGAUCUGCUGGCAGUGGUGGUGCCGGCGGUGCCCACGGUGGCCUGGCUGUGCCGCUCCCAGCGCCGGCAGGGCCAGCCCAUCUACAACAUCAGCUCACUGCUGCGGGGCUGCUGCACCGUGGCCCUCCAUUCCAUCCGCAGGAUGGGCUGUCGCCCUGUCGCCAGCCACGGCCCCGGGGGCAGCACCCAGCCCUGACACCCCCGGACACCCCCCGCCCACCCCCACAGACCCGACUGCUGAUUGUAAAGCCCCGGCGUGUCCCUGUUCUCCUGGGGUCCUUCGUCGGCUCUGGCUCAUUACGCAGCCCCGGGGUGGGGGUGGGAGAGGGCCGGGGGGGGCUGUGGGUGCAUUGGGGUGUGCUGCCCCCUGUCCCCCGGCUCCUUUGUCCUGGAGGAGGGAAAGGACUGUUGCUGGAAGAGAGGUGCCAAGCGGCGAUGCAGGACAAGGCACCGAGCACCACGAUGGACGCCCCUGCCCCGCCGCUGCCACGGUGCCUCUGGCUGAGCCCUUCACUGCACUGGCUUUUGGCUGCCCUUGCCCUGCCACAGGUGGGAGAUGGCGAGGGGCCGCCUGGCUGGGCGAGGGGAGCAGCGAGACUCCCUGGGUGCAUUUCUUGCUCCAGGUUGCACUGCAACAGCAAAGCCUGGCUGUGGGCAGGAGGACAGGGGGAACCCGCCUGGAUGCAGGGACCAGCUCUGGAGCGGGAUGGGUGGCAGUGGGAGCCCAUGGGGCACUUUUGCCCGGGCCUGCUGACUGCUUUGGUGUCUGUCCUCCUCUCUCUGGUGGGAUGAGGCCCUGGCCGGAUCCUGCUCGGCCCCUCUUCAAGCCACCCAUUGCUUGGGAAAUGUGACCCCCCAUGGGGAUGGACCCAGGCUGCAGCUCCCGUACCCCCGAGCGAGGCAGAGUGGCCCCCGAGGAAGCCUUGGUCCAUCCUCCCUUUGCUUUGCACUAUAUUCACUUUUUCUUUCGGUACAGACUGAACCCCGGUUGUUGGGGCCGUGGCAGCAGCGAAUGGGGUGGGAAACCCCCAGCCCUGGCUCUGGCUGCCAUGGAGCGGGGCUAGGGGUUCUCGCGGCUUUGGCAGCGCGAUGCUGGUGAUGCCGAUGGUCCUACCCUGUGCUGGAGUUCGAGGAUGCCUUUGCGGGAGGCAGCGAGGGGGUGCGGGCAGGGCCACGCAGGCAGAGCCAAGCACCUUUGCCUGCACUGGCCGAGCCAAAUCCCAGUUUUGCUGGUGGCCUCUGGAAAAUUGCCUUUUUUUUUUUUUUUUUUUUUUUUUUUGGAGAAACAAAGACAGCAAGGAUUGCUCAGCAGGGGCUGGCGAGAUGCGAGACUUGGGACUCCCCUGGGUGCGCAGCGCUCCCACCCCCACGAAUGUCUGUGGCUUCUUCGUGACUUGAACUAACAGUGUUUCCCCCUCACCCAAGCCCACUCCACCACC